AUGAAAAUAAAUAUAGAAAAUCAAUAUUUUGAAUAUAGACUUACUAUUUAUAAUGUAACAUUUGAAGAUGAAACAGAUUUAAAUGUUACUAUUAGUUCAUCAAAAUUAAAAAAGACAGGAAUUAUUAAACCGAAUAUAAUUGGUUAUCCUAUUGGUCAACUAUCAUUUAUUUCUGAACAAACACCAUUUUCUAUUUCAUGGCGUAAUGAAAAUAAAUUAAAUAUUUAUUCUUAUGGUAUCUUUCAAAAUGAAUCAUAUCGUAUUGUUUGUACAAUUCGUCAUCGUUCCGAUAUAAAAGGACCAUUAAAUAUAUUUAUUCAAUAUUCUAAAUGUUUAAUUGAUAAUUGUCUAUCGAAUUUAAUCUAUGAAACAUGUCAAAUAUCAUCAAAUAAAAAUUUAAUCAGUACCAUAUCGAAUCAUAUAAAUAAUUAUCAGACACAAUUUAUAAGUAGUAAUUUUCAUUUACUGAAUAAUCCAUCAAUUGGUCAUAAUUAUUUAUGUUGUUAUGAACAAAAUGGUUUAAUUAGUAUCGCUAAAGCAACAACAGUUUUAUCAUAUAAUCGUAAUAUGUUUCAUAUCAAUAGACCAGAAUCUAGUUUAGUUACAGGUAAUGUUGUAACAUACCGUUGUGAAGGUCAUGAAUUAAUAUAUAAUGAUCUACGUAUGAUUUAUCAUGAUGGUUUAUUAACAUAUGAAAGAAAUCAAUUUGAUCAUGAAUGGCAUCUUAAAGGAACUAAUCAAAUAAAACAAGUUGAUAUUGAUUGGAAUGCAACAAUGAAUGAAUAUAUUCGAAGUACAACAAUUGAAAUAAAAACAUCACCAUUAGGAAUAAAUGAUAAUAAUAAAUAUAUUCAAUGUAUUGGUCUAUCAAAACAACCAAAUUUUAUUUCGAAUAUUCAUGAUACAUAUAUUAUCGAUGUAGAUGAUUCAAUACCAUUAAAAUUUAAAAAUAAUUUACAAACAGUAUCUAAAUUAGAUCGAAAACCAGGUGAUAAUGUUGAAUUUGAUUGUAAAUUUAAUGGAAGACCAAAACCAAAAAUACUUUGGUUAAAAGGAAAUUUACCACUGGUUAAUCAUGAUUGGACAUUACAAUUUGGAGAUAAUAAUGAAAGUAUUUCAAUUACACGUGUUCAAGCUUCUGAUACUGGUGUUUAUACAUGUAAGUUAAACGAUGAUCACGAUUUACAACUUGAACGAAGUUUUAAUUUACGUAUUGAAAGUACUAAUUCAUAUGCUAAACUCAGCUAUUUAGUUAUUAUAUUUAUUGUUAUAUCUAUUUUAAUUCUUCUUCUUAUUCUAAUUUUAUUAAUAAUUCUUUCUAUAAAAUAUUUUCAAAUGAAACAAAAAGUUAAUGGAAGUAUUUUUUAUGAACAGCAACCUAUUGGUUCAGUAGAUCCAUCUCAACCAGUAAUAAGUCAAUUAACUCGAAUUUCAUUACCAGAUAAUUUUGCUUCAACACAACAAAUUCGUACAUUUCUUAGUUAUGUUAAUGGUGAUCAUUUACCAUUAGCAAAAGACGACUUUAAAGAAUUAGGUCGUGGUCAAUUUGGUGUUGUUUAUCAAGUACGUUUACCAGAAGUUGGUCUUGUUGCAGCUAAAAUUUUAUCUGAAACAAUACGUCGAACAAAACCUCGUCGAAAAAAACGCAAAAAAAUUCAUUAUUUUGAAGAAAAUGAACAAAUGAUAUCACAACAUGAAAUACGAAAGAAAAAAGUUGUUGUAAUGUUAAUUGAUGAAAUAAAACUUAUGCAUAAAGCUGGCAAACAUGUAAAUAUUGUUGCAUUAAAAAAAGUUGCUUAUCCUGAAACUAAAUUAAAAUUUUUAUUUAUUGGUGAACCUAUUCGAGAUGAAGAUUCAUUUUAUUUAAUGGAACUCUGUUCAAAUGGUUCACUUGAAUCUAUGCUUAAAUAUUUUCUUCAAUCAUCAUUAAAUUCUACAUGUAAGAAAUUAUCAUUAUAUGAAACACUUUCAAAACAAACAAAACCAGGAAUGACAAUUCAACAAGCAUAUGAACAAUGUAUUUUAACAGAUGAUGAUUUAAAAUUAGUUGCUUAUCAAGUUGCUUGUGGUAUUGAUUAUUUAAAUCGAAGACAAAUAAUUCAUUGUAAUAUUGCACCAAGAAAUGUCUUAAUGAAUUCAAGAUUUAUUAUGAAAAUAUGUGAUUUGGGUAGUUUAGCAACAUGGACAAUUUAUAAAAAUUAUCGUGAACAACCUGCACAAAAUGAAAGUGAACAACUUGAAAAGAAAAAUAUCGAAAUCGCAACACAUAAUUUAACACCAGAACUUGCUAAAGCUUUUAUACGUGUCUUAAAUCCUGAUGAACGAUUAAUAUUGAAUAAAUCAUCGACUAAAUCUGAUGUAUGGUCAUUUGGAAUAUUUCUUUGGACAUUAUUUCUUAAAUGUCGAAUUCGACCAUUUAAUAACUUAAUGGAAGAAAUACGAAAUAGAUCUUCUGGAGAAAAUUUUUUUCAUCAACUUGCGUGCAUUAUCAGUGAAGGUCAUGUUCUUCAAUACAUUGAUUAUCAACCAGAAAUUCCUCGAAAUAUUUAUGCAAUUAUUCGUGAAUGUCUUGUUGAAGAAAAUCGUCGACCAGAAAUGACACGAAUUCGUGCUCUUUUUUGUCAUUCAAAAAUGUUAUCAAAACAAGCUUUUGCAUACUAUCGAUUAGAGUAUAAUCGAUAUCAAGAAGAAAAUGCAAUAGAUGGACAUGGUGAAUGUUUUGAUGAAGAUCAAGGCACUGAUGAUCUUUCAUCAUUUGAUGUUGAUGAUGUAACUGAUAGUAUUAAUACAUCGCAAAAUCCUUAUCCCAAUAAUGAUACUACUUUUCAUUCAACAGCAAAAGAUGAUGCGUAUCAAUCUACAAUAGAUGAUUCCCAACAAGCAAGAGAUUCAUAUUUUACAUCUACCCAUAAUAAUCAACAAAUAGAUGCUGAUACUAAUAACUCAGAAAGAAUGACAAAUAAAUCAAAAUUUCCUCAGGUUCAUCUAAAUAUUUGGCAUCAUCAAGAACAGCACCAAUUUCACCGCCAUCUAUAG